AUGGCCCGCGCCGGGGCGGCGCUGUGCCGGGCCGGCCUCGCGCUGGCCGCCACGCUGGCCGCGCUGCUGCUGCUCCCGCGCCCGCCGCCGCCGCCCCGCGCCCCCGCGCCCCGCCCGGCCGCCCGCGGCGCCCCGGCCCCCGCCGGCCGCGGCCUGCGGCCCGACGACGUCUUCAUCGCGGUCAAAACCACGCGGCGGAACCACGCGCGGCGCCUGCGGCUGCUGCUGCGCACGUGGAUCUCCCGGGCCCGCCGGCAGACGUUCAUCUUCACCGACGGAGAGGACCCCGAGGCUCCAGCUGCAGGCGGCCGCGUCAUCAACACCAACUGCUCGGCCGUGCGCAGCCGCCAGGCCCUGUGCUGCAAGAUGUCGGUGGAGUACGACAAGUUCAUCGAGUCCGGCCGCAAGUGGUUUUGUCACGUGGACGAUGACAACUAUGUGACCCGAAGGCCUGCUGCAGCUGCUGUCCACCUUCUCCCCAGCCAGGACGUCUACCUGGGCCGGGCCAGCCUGGACCACCCCAUUGAAGCCACCGAGAGGGUUCCGGGAGGCGGGACCGUGGCCACGGUCAAGUUCUGGUUCGCCACCGCCGGGGCGGGGUUCUGCCUGAGCAGGGGCCUCGCGCUCAAGAUGAGCCCCUGGGCCAGCCUGGGCAGCUUCAUGAGCACCGCCGAGCGCGUGCGGCUCCCAGACGACUGCACGGUGGGCUACAUCGUGGAGGGGCUGCUGGGCGCCCGCCUGCUGCACAGUCCCCUCCACUCCCACCUGGAGAACCUGCAGCGGCUGCCGCCCGAAGCCGUGCUCCAGCAGGUCACCCUGAGCUAUGGGGGCCCUGAGAACCCGCAGAACGUGGUGGGUGUGGCGGGGAGCUUCAGCCUGCAGCAGGACCCCACACGGUUCCAGUCUGUGCACUGCCUUCUCUAC